ACUAUGUGGAACUUCAAAUUGUUGAGACUCUACUAAAAUUAAAUUCAUCAUCUAUUAAACUUUAUGUAUAUAUAAUUUUAUUUUUAAUAGGAGAACCUCAUAUUGAUGGAGAACCUGGCGAUUUAAGGGUUAGGAUAAAAACAUUACCGCAUUCCAUAUUUGAAAGAAAAGAAGAUGAUCUUUAUACAAAUGUCACAAUUUCUUUAACCGAUGCACUCAAUGGAUUCAAGAUGGAAAUAGUUCAUUUAGACGGGCACAAAGUGCAAAUUUCUCGCGAUAAAAUUACAUGGCCAGGAGCAAGAAUAAGGAAGAAGGGAGAAGGAAUGCCGAAUUACGAAAACAACAAUCUUCAUGGUACUUUAUACAUAACAUUUGACGUAGAUUUUCCCAAGGGGGAAUUAGAUAAUGAAGCGAAAGAAGCCGUGCGUAAGAUACUAAAUGAAGAAUCUAAGACUAAAGUUUAUAACGGUCUAAGAGGUUAUUAAUAGCAUUAAUAUUUAGUACCAAUGAGAACAAUGUAAAGGGAGGCCAAAAUUUCAUAUUUCUUUGAAUUCCUCGAUUCAGCCGAAGGUCCGUCGUCCUCCACAACACAUUAAUUCCACCACAUUUAAGUACAUUCACCGUCUCGAUUACGUAUGCAAGAAAGAAUCCACAUUUUUAACGUUUGAUUUUGUACAAGGAACAUUUUUAUUCUUUUUGUCUCAUUACAUAUUUGUUUUAAAAUACAAAUGUAUGUGUUUGGAAAAAAUGCAUUUGUAAAUUUAUUUCACUUCAGUUUGAUACAAGUCAAAUAAAAUUGACAAUCCACUCCGUGGUCUCCAAAACCAUAAUCUUGUGUUCGUUCGGUUACAAAAACAUCAAACAUUGUUUUGAUAUUAGCAUAACUGCAUUUAUGCCAUUACAAAACUGGCAACCAUGGCUUAAAAUAUUAAAUAAAAUGAUCAGUUAUUUAAAUCAAAAGAA